CUGUGGCUGAGCGUCCAGUUCAGUCUUGCGGCGAACUCACCAGGUUGCUCUGGCUCACAGGUCGCCACCUGCUCACGAAGGCUUGCUUUUUUGGUCUGACGAUUCGCCGGGCCAGUGUGCUUUGUACAUGAAAGCGACGACUCCGUUGCCUUCCGCUUUCGAUGGGGAAGAAGGAGCGAGAUGAGGCUUUGUCUGACAUUGCGGACCGGAUAUUCUCGGCCAUGGUCGAUGACGCGCUGAUGGACGUCGUGCUGGAGUCUCAUCAGGCUAUAGCGCGGUCCAGGAAGGUCUGCGAUAUAUGCCACACAUACUGCGGUCAAGUCCACGUACCCGGAGCAUCUGGGAGUACUACACAGGCGUCUCCGUCCAAAGUGGCUACACCCUCCGAGGACGUGCGUACAAACAGUCCUGCCGGCACUGGCACCAGCACACCCACGAACGGGAAGACGAACGGGAACGUCAUCAUGGAAUGCGUGAACUGUGACCGGCAGGUGGCCUCGAACCGCUAUGCGGCCCAUCUCGCUGAUUGUAUGGGGCUGAGCACACGCAGAGGAGCUGCGCGCAACGCUUCUCACAAAGCCAAGAUUGGUUCGGACGCUGGUAGAUCUGCGUCACCGUUCAUGGGGACCGAAGACGGCAUGCUGUCUGAUGAAGGCAAGCCGCCACCCGCUGGAAAGAACAAGGGAAAGUCGAAGGCUAAACGCGCAGAUGACGCCGAAUUCAACUUACAUCGUAAGAGGCCUGGUUCGCCCAAUGUGUCGCCGAAGAAGAACCAGAAGAAGGCAAAGACUUCAGCGUCCCCGAUGGCAAGAGUCAAAGGCGAUGCCGAAGGUCCUGGAUCACCCAGCAAUACGCUGUCGGUCCCUGCUACGGGAUCUCAUUCAAGGGUCCCGUCCAAGCUACGCGAUUCGUCAAUCUUGUCGUCUGUCCAGCGAGAACUGUCCUCCUCUCCGGAGGGCCCCUCGCGCGUCCCAUCGCCUGCGCCCUCCAUAUCGACACUCGCGUCAGCGCCAUCGUUGCAGAGCCCCACGUUGUCGUCUAAGACUGCGCAGCGAAUGAAUGGCAAGAAAGGCAAGCCUAUACCGCCUCCACAGAGAAAGCCCAGCCCACCACGCCUGCCGCCUCCGCCCGUCAUCCGCAUCCCUGAACCUGACUACCUCGUCGAUGUGGAAGGCGACGAGACUGGGUCGUCCACGGACACUGACAGUGACUAAUCGCGCACGGGUUUGUUUCCCCGCAUUCUACCUAUCUUGUACGGAGUUGUAGCGUCGACUGUUGUUGUAUAACUUGCUCUCGAUAUGCACAUGCAGCAUACUAUGUACACAUUGAUGGUCUAUAAAUAGCCUGACCAGGAAUGCUCUCCAAUCA